GCCGGGCUCCGUCUCCCUCCUCCCUCCGUCUCUCUCCCCCUCCCCCUUUCCGGCUCAGCCCCACGUCACCAGGAGACCAGACGGGGGACAUCAUGGCGGAGCGGAGGAGACACAGGAAGCGGAUCCAGGAAGUGGGAGAGCCAUUCAAAGAAGAGAAGGCUGUUGCUAAAUACCUGCGCUUCAACUGCCCCACCAAGUCUACCAACAUGAUGGGACACAGAGUUGAUUAUUUCAUUGCUUCCAAAGCUGUGGAUUGCCUUUUGGAUUCCAAGUGGGCAAAAGCCAAGAAAGGAGAAGAAGCUCUGUUUACAACUCGAGAGUCGGUAGUGGAUUAUUGUAACAGACUCCUAAAGAAGCAGUUCUUUCACCGAGCACUAAAAGUGAUGAAAAUGAAACCCGACAUAAAGAAAGAAAAGGAAAAAGAGAAAGAGAAAGGAAAGACUGAGAGUGGAAAGGAAGAGGAGAAGAAGAGCAAAAAAGAUAAUGGGAAAGAAGAAAAAGCUAAAAAAGAAAAAGAAAAGAAGAAGGAUGGUGAAAAAGAAGAAAGCAAGAAGGAUGAGACCCCUGGGACACCUAAGAAGAAAGAGACAAAGAGAAAAUUUAAACUUGAGCCUCAUGAAGAUCAAGUCUUUCUGGAUGGAAAUGAGGUAUAUGUAUGGAUCUAUGACCCUGUUCAUUUUAAAACAUUUGCAAUGGGCCUCAUACUUGUGACUGCUGUUAUAGCUGCCACUCUGUUCCCACUGUGGCCUGCAGAGAUGCGUGUGGGAGUUUAUUAUUUGAGCGUAGGUGCCGGCUGUUUUGUGGCAAGCAUCCUUCUCCUGGCAGUUGCCCGUUGCAUCCUCUUCCUUAUCAUCUGGCUGAUAACCGGAGGAAGACAUCACUUCUGGUUCCUACCUAACCUGACCGCUGACGUCGGCUUCAUUGACUCCUUCCGGCCCCUGUACACCCACGAAUACAAAGGACCAAAGGCUGACUCAAAGAAAGAGGAGCGACUAGAACCCAAAAAGCAGACAAAAUCUGACAGUGAAGAGAAAUCUGAUAGUGAGAAAAUGGAAGACGAGGAUGUCAAAGCUGAUGCCCAGGGAGGCUUCAGAUCGCAAGGUUUUGGAGGCGAGCGGAAUUCGGAUACGGACAGUGACAGGCGGGAAGACGACCGGUCGCAGCACAGUAGCGGCAAUGGGAAUGAUUUUGAAAUGAUCACAAAAGAGGAGCUUGACCAGCAGACUGAUGAAGGGGAUUGUGAAGAAGAAGAGGAAGAAGAAGAGGAGGAGGAGGUGGAGGAACAAGAAACUAGACCUUUACACGAACAGUCAUAAUUCAGCUAUUGUUUGGGACUGAAUCUUGUGCAGAAACAAUUGGAUUUUCUAUGUUGGCUGGUGCACUCUUUUAACAGCGUUUUCUCCCCAUUUGCGAAAGUAUACAGCUUAGCCAAACAUCUUUAUAAAAUAGUUCAUAAUUUGAUUUGCAAACUAAAGGAAACUAUUAACUUGUUUAUCGGUUUUAAAUAAUGUAUGCUUAUCAACAGAUUUGCAAGUUUAGCAACUUGCCAAUCGGUAGACAUUUUGUCUACAGGAGUCAUCAAACAUAUAGAGGAAUAUAGCUCUCUUAUUAGUUUGAUAUUGCAUGUUUUGAGUGAGUAAACAUUUCUGCAAUAGUAAUUUAACACAGUAAUUUUGAAUGAGAAACUCUCCAUUUAUUCUCAGCCGAUUCAUCAGAUUGGUACUUACAACAGACUUUAUUCAGUUCAUUCUACUCUUUAACUGCUAUUAAUCUUCGUAAAGCUAUAAGACUUUAGUUAGAAUGUUUUCGUUCAAAAAGAUAACUUUUUUGCUUAAGACCAACAAAUUACUACUGUUGACUUGGCUGUAGAUUUUUAAGACACUCUUUAAUUGUGUGCAACCAACUUAGGAAAUCCAGUCUGUUCUGUCCAUUUGGUUUGGAACGCAUCAUCUCCAGCAGGUUAAAAAUAAAAGCAAACAAAGCAGCAUAAUUUAGAGAUUAUAGCUGUUGAUUUGACCUGCCCCAUCAUAGUACAAGACAUGUAUUCUGUACAUAACAUAAAAAUAAAGCAAACCCCUAUUUUACCCGUUAGUUUAUUAUUUGGAAGUUUUAUCCAGUUUUCAAUUUGUAUAAUUAAAAGCCAUUUCAGAAUGUAUGUAUGUUAGGACAAUUUCACGAAUCGGUGAGAGUGGCAUCCAGCAGCAGCUCCUGUGCCAACAUUCCAUGUAUUCAAGUUUAACUAAGCGGAUUCUGAUUUCUCAAAAGCAGACAGUGCAGCUCGGUGUAAUGCCUUAAUGUUAAUCUUUUCUUUCUGUUUUGAAACAACAGAGUACUGUAUUUGAUGAGUUGACACUGCCAUGAAAGAGUGUUCACCAGAAGAAUAGGGUUUAAGUUUUAAAAAAUAACAAAAAUCUCAUACAAAAGAUAUAACCAA